UCAUAAUCAUUAUUUCGUCUGCAUCAUCAUGCCUGAACCAGCGAAGUCUGCGCCUAAGAAGGGCUCCAAGAAGGCCGUCACUAAGACCGCCGCUAAAGGAGGAAAGAAGCGCAGAAAGUCCAGGAAGGAGAGCUACGCUAUCUACGUGUACAAAGUGCUGAAGCAGGUUCAUCCUGACACCGGGAUCUCUUCUAAGGCGAUGGGCAUCAUGAACUCUUUCGUCAACGACAUCUUCGAGCGCAUCGCCGGUGAGUCGUCUCGUCUCGCUCACUACAACAAGCGCUCCACCAUCACAUCGAGAGAGAUCCAGACCGCCGUGCGUCUGCUGCUGCCCGGAGAGCUGGCCAAACACGCCGUGUCUGAGGGCACCAAGGCCGUCACCAAGUACACCAGCUCCAAGUAGAGUGUAAUCUCAGUCCACUACCCCAACGGCUCUUUUAAGAGCCACCCAUCUUCUCCGUUUAAGAGCUUUCAAAGUUUUCAUAUGUCUAGGUUACACCGUAACAUCAGUCGCCUCUAUAACUCUGUACGAAUGAUACAGCGGUGUUGCUUUUGUAUGUAUGUUUUUUUUU